GGCAGCAUGCAGCACUCGCUCCCAUCAGACCGACCAGCAGCAGCUGCCCUGACAUCACUCACACUCUCACCUCUGACCGCGGGACACCUGGACGUCUGCUGGAGACGCAGCUGGACUUCUUCUACUCUUUAAGGGGGGACAUAAAUAACGACUCCAAUCUCCUGGAUGUGUUUUGGCUCGUGGGGACUUUUUGCUCCCUCUUCCUGAAGGUGUCAUCACCUGGAUUUGGUCUCCUGAGACGCUUUUUUAUUUGUGGUUUAAAGUCAGACUGGAAAGUUUGAGACGAGACUUUGGUGUAUUAUUUUUUUAUCUUUUCCUUUUGGACAGACGCUGCUGUGGGAAAGAAGAUGUUCUGCUCCAGGAGAGUCCUGCAGCAGUGGUGCUUCGCUCUGUUCCUGCUCUGCUCUCCUGAGCCGCACUUUGGACGGCCGAUUGAUGCCCUCAGCAACAGAAUAAAGCGGUCGGUGAGUCACGCUCAGCUCAUGCACGAUAAAGGCCGGGCGCUGCAGGACUUUAAACGGCGUAUGUGGCUGCAGGAGCUUUUAGACGAAGUCCACACGGCUGAGAUCAGAGACCUCCCCGUCCGGACCACAGCGGGGGGUGGCAGCAGCAGCGGCGCCGGCGUCGGGCUGCCAGGUGUUGGAUUAGGAAUCCACAUGAGCACCACCGGCAGCACCCUGCACUCCAAACCACCCGGAGGAACUAAAAAUCUCCCAAUCAUCUUCAAGCUGGAGGAGGAAGAGGGCACCAACCUGCCGCAGGAGACCAACAAGUCUCAGUCCUACAAAGACGGCGUGCUAAAAACAACCGGGAAGAAGAAGAAGAAAGGGAGGUCCGGGAAGAGAAGGGAGGGGGAGAAGAGGAAAAGAAGGGCACGCUCGCUUGGGUGGAGGCCGGAGGACGAACAGGGGAGUGGACUCCACCUGGAGUGGAGGUCUCUGCUGGGCCUGCAGAGGGCGCUGCUUUAAAACGCUGUCAGUCUCUGACAAAGAAUCAUAUGGACAGUCGCAGUGGACUCCUAAAUGCUCACCUUACAGUUCUCUGUAAAAGUGAUUGUUUGGAAAGAAAUUGGAAAAUAUUUAUUGUCUGUAAAUAUUCUAAAUAUAGCAGAAAAAGCAGAUUAAAAAACGUAUUUGAUGCUCUGUGAGGCGACAGAUUUUAAUCUUUGUGAAUCCUUGCUUUUUUUUCUUUUUUAUUCCAAUUAUGUCAGAUUUUUUUGCAGUAAUUUAUUUUGUCUGAAUGGUGUAUUUAUUUUGUAAAUGUAUCGAGGUGCUGCUGACCUUCUAUAUUUUUGUACCAUAUUGCACUUUAGAUAUAUAAAUAUAAAUAUAUAUACCAUUAAUUUUGUUCAAUGACUUGUUUUUGUGGUUUAUGAAAUGAAGAAAGACGACAGUCGUCACUCUGUGUCAUUUUUCCAUUUGAUUUUUGACCUUUGGCUGUUCACACGUCCUGUUUUUGGUUUCUUUGCUGCUGUUUCGUUCUGACCAAAGCCGUUUGUUGUCUCACGUUUGUGUUCGACCCUCCUGCUGCCUUCACUGUUUCCUCCUCUGCUCCCCAACGCCAAAGUUCAUCUGUGUACAUACACCAAACACGGCUCGAUAUUGUUGUUUUUUUGGCACUUGCACUGAGAUAAACACCGUGUACUGAACAGAUUAAACA